AUGAACGCCUCCCUGAAGAAGAAGCCCAUCAACCUCCUCAGAGGCUGGCCCUCGCCCUCCCUCCUCCCGGCGGCAGCCAUCUCCGCCGCGGCCGUCAAGACCCUCGCCGACCCGGCCGUCUACGUACCGGGGCUCCAGUACGGCCCGGACCCGGGCUACCAGCCGCUCCGCGAGGCCCUCUCGAAAUGGCUCUCGGCGUUCUACCCGGUGGCGCCCCCGACGGCCGAGGAAGCGGCCGUGGCUUCUUCUGGGGAUGGUGCAGACCCCCUCCCGCACCACCCGCCAGACGUCAACCGCAUCUGCAUCACGGGCGGCGCGAGCCAGAACCUGGCGUGUAUCUUGCAAUCUUUCACAGACCCGCUGUAUACGCAGAACAUCUGGAUGGUCGCGCCGUGCUACUUCCUCGCGUGCCCGAUCUACGCCGACGCGGGUUUCGACGGGAGGCUCAAGUCCGUGCCCGAGGAUGACGAGGGUAUCGAUCUCGAGUAUCUCAGAAAGGGGCUCGAGGCCGCAGGCAAGGGGAGCGACGAGCACUUCAAACAAGCCAAAAAGCGUCACCUCUACCGCCACGUAAUCUACCUGGUCCCGACCUGCUCCAACCCAACCGGCAAGACAAUGUCCCUCCGCCGACGCUACGACCUCGUCCGCCUCGCGCGCCAGCACGACGCCCUCGUCAUCGCCGACGACGUCUACGACUUCCUCCAGUGGCCCCUCGAAGGUCCCGUCUCGGGCUACACGCCCGCCAUGCGCCUCCCGCGCCUUGUCGACAUCGACCGCGCUCUGGGCGUGCCCGAGGCCGGCUUCGGCAACGUCGUAUCGAACGGGUCCUUCAGCAAGAUCGUGGGACCCGGCGUGAGGACGGGCUGGGCUGAGGGCAGCCCGGCGUUCGCAUAUGGACUGUCACAGACGGGGUCGUCUUGCAGCGGCGGGGCGCCUAGUCAGCUCGCGGCGAUGUUCAUCGCGGAGAUGCUGGCGAGCGGGGUCGUGCAGAGGCAUAUCGACGAGAAGACGAGGCCGGCGCUGGCGGGGAGGCACGGGUUGAUGAUGGAGGCUGUCAGGAAGCAUAUCCAGGAACCGUUCGGCGGGAAGGUCAAAGUGAGGGAGAGUUCUUUGGAGGGCGGGGGCAUUUAUGGAGGGUAUUUUGUUUGGUUUAGUUUGCCGGAGGGGAUGUCGAGUCGGGAAGCGGCCGUGAGGGCCAAGGAGACGGAGGAUUUGGUCAUCGGGCACGGAGCGCAGUUCGAGGUGCAUGGGGACGAGGAGUCGGCGAGGUUUGACCGGGAGGUGCGGCUCUGCUUCUCUUGGGAGCCUGAGGAGGAUAUCGUGGAGGGUGUUGAGAGGCUGGGAAGGGUCUUGCAGGCGAUGAGGGAGGGAGGCGAGUGGACGUCUCAAAGCGGGUUGGAUGUUGAUAACGUGAAGUGA